AUGACCGGAACCUUGACCCCUGUGCGGCCCCUGGGCCCCCUCCCUCUUCGCCUGCGGGUCAGUACUUGCAUCCGCGAGAGCCAGGAAACGGCGCGAAGGGGAAAUGUGUGGUUCGUGGACGGGCCGUCUGUUCAUCAGCCAACCGUGACCUGUAUCACAGACGCCAUCGUGCAGCAUGCGAAUCCAUCCAGAUUCCAUGAGGGUGUCGUGCUACCACUAGGCACAGUUGAGGUCGUACAUUCUGCCCAGCUCUGCCAGCUCUGCCAGCCAACUCGCAGGCCGCGCUCGGGGCGCUUAUACGAAUGGAGAACCAACAGCUGCAAGUCGCUUCCGCACGAGGCCAAUCAAGGCUUUUCCCGGCACCGCUUGAGUCUUUCCAUGUCCGGUAUCUCUUGUCUGCGUCAGCCUAACGGGGCCUCCCCGCCCUUGAGUGGACUUGGGAUCCUCGCCAAGGUCGCAAGGUUCUUGGUUCCCACAUGUGCAGAGAGGAGCGAGAUGGGGAAAAAAACAGCGGGAAGGCAGCAAUGGACGUUGUCCGUCCGGUUCCAGCUCAUCGCCCACCAGAUUCACUCUAGACUUCUCACGGACACUUGA